AACGCCGAAGCAGGAUAAGCGCGGUGUGGAGCGAUAUAGCGAUCGUUGACGCGAAAAAAGUUUUUGACUUUGAAAAAAAAAACUUGAAAAAAAGUGAUAUUCAGAUUUUUUUGUAGAAUUAACAGUUUUUGUUAAAUAGUUAAAUGACUUAAAUAUAGUUUUUAGUGCUUAAUUUUUGGAUGUUGCUUGAAAAUGCUUAAAUAAUGAGUGAAUGAAGUAAUCAAUCCAUUUGAGAACAAACCACAUGGAUUAUCAACCAUCUGCGCAAUAUAGGCUGCUGUUACACUAUUAUUUUAUUUAAAGUGUUUCCAGGAGUACUAAAUUAUUGUUUUUGGAUCGUUUUUGUAAAACAAACAGUGAUUGUUACGGUUGUGUCAAUGUCAAGGAAGAUAUUUUUGGAGGAAUGAUUGCAUACAAUCAUGCAGAAACAACGCAGGGAGUUGGGUCUGAAACGCUUUUGGUCAGCUGUCAAAACUUCUAACAGUAGUAGUUCUCAAGGCGACCACGAUUCACCAAAUCAUGAAGCCAAGUCAGGACCUAACUGCUCAUUGCCUUUACUUCAGGUCUGGCCGAGUUCGGACUCACCCCGCGGCGAGGCCGACGGGCAGAGCUUCGUUUUUCCUGAGUACGCUGACGACAACGUUUCGCAACAUUCAACCUGUCUGGACGUGAUCAAUCACACGGAUUCUGGCAUUGAUUCAACACAAGUGUCUCCAUUGCCUCCACCUGUCAUAACAUCUCCAAUACCCUCACCGACUCCAAGUGGCAGAAGACCAAGCAGCACCCUGCUCCAUCCGGACCAUGCUAGACUUUUCCGACUGUAUCCAGUGUCAUCGCCGGAUCAGACCUCCAUAGAGGAUAUUUCCGAUCACCAAAAUAAUCCAGUACUGUCACCGUCAUCUUCUACUACGUCAUCACUGACAUCGGUGGCUGCAGCUGGGGAGUAUCUUAAUCAUCAGUUCAUCUCAGGUGUUGUAGCAGGCAACUCCCUUGCCGGUAACUCCCUGGCAAGCAACUCCACGGACAGCCGUCGUCGUUCCUCCACCAUGACAACUAGAUACUCCCUCUUCGAUGCCCUUGACCUCGAAUACGCCCUCCUCAGAGCCGCAGCUAGGGGCAGCGUGGGUCCAUACUCACUCAGCGAGAGCCUGCACAAACUCACCUUCACUCAGAGCCUAGCCUUCCCAGCACUGGCUCGAGGACUGGCCGGUAAACGAAGGAGAUCACAGCAAAACAACAAUAGCACACCUCUGGAUACUGGUGAUAGUGGAUUGAACGCUUUCGCCAAAGUGAUCACUGUGCUGGUGCUGGUGUUGGUAAGCGUUUUAGUGUUCGCGGUGGUGUACAAGUUUGUGAGGACGUGAGGGUUACUUCUGGCUCCCGGAGGAGCAAGAAACAACAGGUUUGUGAUUGGGAGGAACACAAGUAGUGACGGUCGAGGUGUUAAUGGUUUUUUGUAAGACUUAAUUGAGUUUUUGGUUGUUAGAUUCGGUGAACUAGGAAUACAGAUGUAUUAAAAAUAUAAACUUUGGGACGGAGUUUUUUCAAUUAGUAAUACUAAUAAUAGCGCCUGUGUUUUUAAUAGAUAUUAUGAUAAAUUAAAUUUUAUAGUAUGAGGGAGAAAAAAACUUUUGACAUUUUCGAAUAUGGUUUAUUUGGUUAUUAAAAUUUCAACAUGCGAUCAUAACGACAAUUUAACUCCAAAAACCAAGUAUGUGGUACCAAAUUAUUCGUAAAAAACAUCUUUUUCCAAAUAUGCUAAUGAACCACCAUUCCAUUCCAUUUCAAAAAUAAAAAAAAAAUUAGAUAUACUUAAAAAUACGACUUGGGCAUAUUGUAACUGGUCAAGACAAGACACUAAAAACAUUACACGAUCAAAUUAAUUUUUCCAAGGCUCCUUGAUUAUAAAUUAUGGUUUUUAACACAGACAUAGAGACAUUCUAGAUUUUUUCUAGAAUCUAAUUUUGUUUUAAGCAAAAAUGUCAAAAGUUGACAUAUGAU